UGUGGAAAGGCCGCCUUGGCAGUCUGUUUUUUUUGUUUCCUCCUUACGAAUUUUUUGACUUUUUUGAGUUGACAAUAUAGUCCAUGAGUUUCCUUUCCGGAUUCAAGAAAAACUUGUCGCGCGCGGGCACCAAUUUGAUGCAACGCACAGGUGUCAGUGACAGAACAACCGACAGCGAAUUUGACGAAGAAUUUGAACGAUUCAAGAUUCUUGAGAAAAAAUCUGAGAAAUUAUCCAAAGAGGCCAAAGGCUAUCUAGACUCAGUGCGAGCCAUGACCGCCGCUCAGUUGCGUAUUGCACAAACCAUUGAAAAUUUCUACGAGGAUAUCGCACCGAUGGGUGCCAUGGGCACCGAAUACAAGCGUACAGUGGAGAAAUUGGAUGAAGACGCACGGACCGAUUUGGAUGCCGCCUAUCGUGCUACGGUUUUGGAACCAUUAGCUCGUUUUUGUUCUUAUUUCCCUGAAAUCAAUGAAGCAGUGAAGCGUCGCAACAAAAAGUUAUUAGAUUACGAUUCCAGUCGAUCCAAAGUACGCAAAUUGAUUGACAAGCCUAGCGAAGAUCCACAACGUUUGCCAAGAGCUGAACAAGAGGCUAACAUGGCGCGCGAAAUGUACGAAAAUAUCAACAGCAUUCUCAUCACUGACUUGCCAAAAGUUGUGGAACUGAGAGUGCCUUACUUUGAUCCUUCGUUUGAAGCGCUUGUGAAAUCCCAACUGAAAUUUGCGCAAACCGGAUACGAGCAGCUGGAAGGUUUGCGACACCAUUUCCCUCCCGAAAGCGACAUGGGAAGCGAUCGACGUGUCGAUGAUGUAUUGGGCCAGAUGCGUGAAUUGACCAUCUGUGGAAACUUUUAGAUUCAUAUUGCCAUCGAACCGCUCUUUGUUUUUUUGAUUCUUUGCCCUCCUGUUUCUUUUUUUUUUCUACGCGAUAAUAAUCAUUCCCCUAUUUUUUACCAUUCAUAAUAUUGUUGCUGAUUUUAUGCUUUUGCUGAAUCGCUUACUGAAUGCGUGCGUACUGCUUUGUGUCCUUUGCCUUUCUAGAAGCAUAUCUUGAUUAUUCGGAUACAAAGUCUUUGUCUAUGACGGCUGUUUGUAUCUGCUGCAAUGUCAUAUGAGACAUGGCAAUUCCUGAUAGAGA